AAUGCCUUUCUACGCAGAUCCUAACAGAUUUCCAACUCCAGUAUGGCAAGCCGAUCCUUCCCAAGGUUGGGCUCAGGGUCAGUUCAUCCAACAAAUACCUGCUGCAGGUCAACCCAUAGAAACUUACCAGCAGUACCCGAACGGUAUCUACCAGACGACCUACCAGCAACCUGCUUUCGAAGCGAACACGUUCUACACGGGAGCCGUGCAAGUUUUGACGAAUCCGAGGCCGCCAAGCGCUUCGAACCAACAGUUACCGCCUCCCAGACCGAACUCAAACUACGCCCACACGCCUAGUCCGAAUCCUCAGCAACAACAGCAACAGCCGGUCAAUAAUGGAAGGCAGUACCAAGAGUAUGCCAUCGCUCAACAGUCUGGAAACCAGCAGCAACAACAACAGCAGCAGCAGCAGCAAAACUUCAUUCCUUCAGCCACCACCCCUACUGGUAACGAGAACCAAGGAGGUAAUUCUAGACCAGGAUCUGUCAACUCUGCGACGUCUAACCAAAACUUCAAUCAGCAAUCGCAGCACCAGCAGGCUCAGCAGCAGCAAGUGCAACAGCAGCAGCCUCAACAGGCCAACGUAUUCACGACCAUCGGCGACUUCAGCCCAAACCCUUCGGCGAACUUUGCCAACACGAGUUCGGGAAACGCCCAGCCUGGGUAUCCGCAAGUGAACAGCAGCAGUCCGCAGCUAGCUUCACACAGCUCUAGUGGCUACCCAGGCCAGGAACAGUAUGGCGGACAAGAGCACCAGCAGUGGCAAAACGACGGAUCCCUCAUGUGGGAUCAGCAGCAGAUCAAGAUUGAGAACGAAUACGACCACCAGGACCACGGGCAGUACAUCCACGAAUCACCCGGUAGAAUGGACAACGGUCAGGGGGAAAUGCAGGAGACAAAGACGUUUUCGCAGUCGGAUAAGGUGAACCUGAACACGCGGAUAAAAACAAUGAUACUGAAUAAGCAACAGCAAGAGAACAACAAGAUGGAGGAGAACAAGACCGCUGAACAAAACCCUACCGGUCAUUUUUUAUGGUAUAGCCACCAUCACCACUUAACGGAACGAUUAAGUGAUGAUGGUGGCUCCCAAAACAAACCCGACUAUGACAUAACCACGACAGGCGGAACUGACUCUGGAGGCAAUAGGGCUGAGGAUAUGCAUAACGACAUUUUGAAGAUGUAUAGGCAUCCUAAGCUCGCUCACAAAAGAGCUAACUACCAGGACUCGCUUUUUAGGGAGUCUACCAUUAGGAAUCAUUCAGUUCCCAGUCCAAGUCUCGGGAGGCAGCAAAAUCAGCCGCAGUACUAUGACCAAUCUGCUUCAAGAAAUUUUCCACAGCAGUAUGCUAUCAAAAACGAACCUCAACAAGAUUUCUACGAAAAUCAACGAUAUGACUCGCCCCAUAGUCCCAACUUAAACUCUAUGAGGGCCUCACCUCAGUAUACCAUCCACGACCAACCAAGUAACCAAAGAUACCCCACACCUGGGUCCGAGUAUUUGCAUUCCCCCAAAAUCAUCGGUUACCAGAAUGCCCAAGCGACCACGGAGCCCAGAGAGGUCUUCUCGCCGAGUCCUCGAAAACAAAGCCAGUACAAACCGACGGGGCGUCCUAGAGGAAGGCCCCGUAAAAUAGUACAAGGUGCACAAAACGAAAACCAACAAGCUGUGAUCCACAACAAACCACUACCUCAAAACCAGCAGUAUCAAUCACCUUCUACACCAACUCCUUUGAAAAAUGACAAGAUCAAAAGUAAUUAUUUAUCCCCGGUGUUUUCUGAGAAGGUAACGAACAAGCAGUUGGGGAUGGAGAUUCCGGAUUGCAAGUGCUUCUCUCCUGGAGAGUCUCCUGUGGAACCCGGUUCCUAUUACACACAUCUGGGGUGUGCUAAUAGUCUGAAAAGUUUGCGGUACGACUUGGAAUGCAGAACUGGUGUGACCGGUGUUGCUAUCAGGAUUGAGAAGAUUCGGUAUACAGGAAAGGAGGGGAAGACAGCUCAGGGAUGCCCCAUUGCAAAAUGGAUAAUUCGACGCCAAAACACAGAUGAAAAAUACCUGGUAAUAGUCAAACACCGGAAAGGUCACACUUGCCACUCUGCCUUUCUAGUAAUCUGCCUCGUAGCCUGGGAAGGCGUCGAAAAAGGCAACGCUGACGACCUCUACAACCUUCUAACUGAAAAACUCAACAAGUUCGGCCUCCCGACCAAAAGACGAUGCGCCACCAAUGAACCCAGGACCUGCGCCUGUCAAGGCUUCGACGAAAACACCUGCGGGGCAAGUUUUUCUUUCGGCUGCUCCUGGUCCAUGUACUACAACGGCUGCAAAUUCACGAGGUCCAAAGACGUCAGGAAGUUCCGGCUGUCCGAGAAAAACGAGGAAAUCUUCGUCGAGGAGAAGCUCCAGAAGCUGGCCAACCACCUGAGCCCCAUGUACAGGUCGCUGGCUCCUCAGUCCUUCAAAAAUCAGUGCCAUUUCGAAAAUAUCGCCUCGGACUGCCGGUUGGGGCAUCUUCCUGGAAGACCGUUUUCCGGAGUGACGGCGUGCGUGGAUUUCUGCGCUCAUGCUCACAAGGACUUACACAAUAUGGUAAACGGCUGUACGGUGGUGGUUACUUUGACGAAACACAGGAGCUUGUCCAAACCAUUGGAGGAGCAACUCCACGUACUGCCUAUGUACGUAGCCGAGGACACUGAUGAGUUCGGAUCGCGGGAAAGCCAGGAAGACAAAGUCAGAACUGGAGGCAUUGAGAUCCUGCAAAAGUACAAUAGCGAAGUGAGAACUUGCUCCAUUCCCGCAGAAAAGUGUCUUCGGAGAGGUCGAAAAAGCCAAGAUGGCAAACGAACGAAAAGAAAAACCGCCACCCCCCAACCGUCUUCUCCUUCCGUAAAUUCUCCUUCUUCGACGAACUCUCCCAAAGAAAGGAAUACUAAUAGCGAAAUACAAAACGGUCAAGUAUCCAGCACAGUAUUAGGCUACCCAAACAAAUCCAAUUGGAGGUCCUUUCCAAGAGCAACCGCCUUUAGGAGUUCCGGACAAGACCUGAGGCGGUUGAUCCUGAUUCUUGUCCUUACAGCAAGACUGCUCGACGUUUGCCUGCGAAGUCAAGGAAGAGAUGGGUUUCAUACACUCAUUCCUAUACGAUAUAAAACUGCCAAGUCAUCAAAAAGUAUAGAUGGUUGCAUUCAUCUUGUGAGCCAGUAAAGUACUUAACAUAAAUCAUUUGUGGAACAAAAAAUUAUCGUGUGGCAUGUAUGUGCUAUAUCCAAUAUCAGCGACAUUCAAUUGUCGCGACGUUCAUUAUUCAUGACAUUCAAUAUUCCCGUCAUCUGAUAUUUAUUGUCAUCUUUACCCAACACGUUGGCUGCCGUUUCUCUCUAUUUGUCAGCCUGGUCUAUGAGAUCAAGAUGUUUUUUGCAAAUAUUUCAGUGGAAAUGUAGAAACAUUCAUUACAGUAAUUGUGAAAAUAUCUUUGAGCACUGUGGACGACAGAUACAUUUUUGACCGACCGAAACUUUGGUAUCAAAGUAUUAAUAUAGGUUUCGAUGCAAUGGCAACGUGCUAACGAAACCAAAGCAUCUCCCAUUUUUUACCAUAAAUUUUUUUUUCAAAAUUGAACCCAUUUACUUUCAAGGCAUUCAAAUUCCAAUUUUGAUAUCCAAAUCCUGGCUGUUGACAUAGAUUUUCAAUUUGUUGAAUAAACAUCCUGCCACAUACAUUAAAAUUUUGCUCGAGACUUCCAUAUCAAGCUAGCCACCUCUGAAUCAAUCUGACAUCUGAGUAAUGUUCUGGACACUCAUUUGUUGUAUCUGUCGCUCACGAAAUCGUAAUCCAUAUCAAAUUCCGCUAGCGACAUCCAAAUCCCAUUUGCCACAACCAAACCUCAUUUGAGACAUCCACUAUAUUCCACUCAUCACAUCUAUGUCUCGUUUUUAACAUUUAAAUCCUAUUUGUGGCAUGCACAUCUGGCUGGCUACAUCUGAAUCUCACUUGCUCCGUUCCAAUCUAAAUUGCGUCAUUCAAAAUCUCGAUUGCUUCAUCCAAAAUGUCGUUUGCGUCAUCCAAAAUCUCCCUGGCGUCAUCCAAAAUCUCCCUUGCGUCAUCCAAAAUCUCCCUUGCGUCAUCCAAAACCACGCUUGCGUCAUCCAAAAUCUCGCUUGCGUCAUCCAAAAUAUCGCUUGCGUCAUCCAAAAUCUCGCUUGCGUCAUCCAAAAUCUCGCUUGCGUCAUUCAAAAUUUCGCUUGCGUCAUCCAAAAUCUGGAAAUUGUAUACUUCCCAAGUGACUGGAAUAUUGGAUGUUAUGGUAUGUGGACGUCUUAUAAAAAUUGUAUACAGAGUACUCAAAGGGCUGAAACCUCUCUGAGUAUUGUGUUAUUUCGGAUUAUUUUCAAACUGUUUAAAAAGGGUUCAGUAUUUCUUUUCCUAGGAAUUAAUUAACCUGUACAAGUGAUUAGAUGCUCAGGUAGGUCUAUAUUAGUGCCGAAGGACUUCACUGGCUCAUGAAUGAUGAUCGAAUAUGAAUGCAAUGAUUUAUAUUGAAAAUAUUGUCAGUGCCUCUUUGAUCUCUAAAAGAUAGAUAUACUGAUUGAUUAAAGUACAAAUAACAAUUAAACUCCCGGCCGUCAGUAUAUAUAACAGUAAGUUGAAUACAGAUUUGUCUAGUUUAGGGUUUUCAAUGAUUCUUCUAUUAUAAGUAUAGAGUAGUUUUUCAUUUCGACUUAAAGUUUUCGCCACAUCUAGUGUGAUACUCACGUAGCUCGAGAAUAUAUAGAAAGAUGGAGUUUCUUGUUUUUCAAUCGAAUUAUUGUACAGGGUUUUCCUGAUGUGUCGAUCUAUUUACAUUUUGAAAAUUUGAUGAACCUUCUGUGUGUAUAUUGGAAUGGUAUUUGUCAUAUAUUUUAUGUCAUCGGGUGUACAAUUAAUCGAAUAGAUUUUAUCCUAAAGACAGGAAUUAUGAUAUUCAUAUUGAGUUGCGUUGUGCUUUCUAUUGUGAAAGUCUCAAUAUCCGAGAGGAUAUACCCAAUGUUUUGCCUUUGAAAGCUAUGAUUCACGAAAAAAGAUUAUAUUUUUCAAAGUCGUGAGCAUAGAGUUAAGAUUGAAUUUAUUUCUUGAAAAAGAGUAUUUAAAUUACGUGGAAAAGUCGAGGCUCGGAUUUUUCGCACCCAGAGGCCAUACUGUGUUUGUUGUAAAUGAUAUUAAUGUAUGCAUUUAUCUUUUCUAGUUUUAAAGUAUAUUUUUGACAAGAAAAAGAAAGAAAAUAUUUAUAGCGUUCUCAAAUCGCCUACGAUUAUUGUAUAGUGUUAGUAUAACCAGUCACUUCUUCGAGAAUAUAAAGUAUGUUGUUGAAGUACUCGAUGCCAAAUAUUUAAAAUAGAUUUUUUAAAAGUGUAUUCAUUAAUUUAUGAAGUAAAUUUCUUCCAGGCCAGUUCGGCAGCCACUUUUUUAUGUAAAAUAAGUUAGCUUUUUUCUAUAGCACCUUAUUUAUUUAUUUAUUUAUUAUUUCCUUCGAGCGGCCUCGGCGGUUUUCCUUUCCAGUGCGACACGUUGAUUUUUUAACAAUUUAGCCCAGUUGAAUAGUAAACCAAAACGGACUUGCUUUGUAAAAAACCGAAGUGAAAAUUUACCAAAGGAAUUUCCUUCGCUUUCUCACUAUAACAAGAAAAAAUUCCGUUAGAAACUGCACUUGUGAAAAUACUGGAGCUCAAAGGUCGCAAAAAUUGCUUUUUCUCAAAUAUCUCGUAAAUUUCUAGUUUUUCAUUAAUAAAAGUUUAUUGUUUCAUUCCUCAACUGAGUUCAUUUGAAAAACAUCCCUUACAAAAUUCACGUUGAAGAUGUACGUUCUUGAAAUAAUGCAUUCCUAUCAUCUCUAGUGCUAACUGUGAAAUAAAAUGCAUGAUACUUGUACAACUAAUGAAUAUAUCGUGAACUGUGAUACCUCUAUUUCAAAGUUAUUUAGGCCAUCCAAGCUUUCGAUGGCAGUUGAUUUUUAAUUGUAUGCAAUUUCAAUUUUGUUUUUCACACAAUUUUUUUUUAUUCUUCAACUACUUCAUCAAAUAUUCAUUAUAUUUAUUUAUUGUAACAUUCAACUACACUUGGAGUUAUCUCUUCAUAAGUAGGUACUUAACUAAUUGAUUUGAGAAAAUGAAUAUGGUGCCGAAAUAUCCAGGUGAAUUUUAUCUAUGAAAAUUCUUUCAUCCACCCCUUCUCACUUCUAAGUGGUUCUCAACCUGCUGCUUGCCACUUGAGCGAGAUAAUAUCUAGCCUUUUCUGGUUGAAAGCCAGCCUCUGGAGCUUUGUGUACACUUUCUAUCUGUUUCUGGCCGAGAUCGUUGCUAACUCCAUAUUAUGACAGCAAAUGGCUGCAACAAGUUGGCAAUGAUGGCAAAGCCCUGUUGUUGAGCUAGUUCUAUCUAGAUUGUCUCUUGAUAAUUUAGAAGAAUGGAGGAAUAUGUUCUUCUCAGUACUCUCUAUGUUUCUGAACUACCGAUUUCCUGCUUUUCGAAAAUUUUAACCCUACUUUUCAGUAUCCACAAUUUUUGUGUGAUCAACAAAAACAGCUGAUUCCUACAACUGAAUGCCAAACAUAGGUUAUGUUCAUUAUAACAGAGUUUGUUGUGUUUUGAGCUGUUCAAUUGUGACUUUGUAAGAGUAGUUUUUUAGUGCUUUUUUAUGUCAUACCAUUUGAUUUAGUUCUAUUUUCGAUGAGCAUCGUGUCUGGACGAGGAACUUCCUUGAUAAAUAAAUACUCCGAUUUAUCAGUAUAACUAACUCUAACCUCAAAGUUUUCAUCUCGCAUUUUUUAUAGUUUGAAACCUGAUUUAGGAGUGGUUUUCAAGACAAAACUAUUCCAUUGCAUUUAUUAUUCUUAUCGUUAUAGCCAUCAAAUAAAACAUUUUCCUCAUCCACAAGAGUUUCAAAUGUAUUUGAUAAGCGCUACAGCAAAGAAUUUAAUCCUUUGGCCGUGUGACACGAUGAAGAAUAAAUUCCUCAUCGAUAAAGAAUGUUAUGUUAUAGGUAUGCAUAAGAUGAGAAUAGAAGACUUAAUUUGUUUUUUGCUUGUAUCAGAAGGAAUUAAUAAUGUAUAACUCGUCUUAUAACUCGAAAACUUAAGCUACUUUGUAAAUUUUGUAAACGGUCUCUUGUAAGUUUCGAUGAGGAAGAAAAAAAGAUCUCUGACAAAUACUGGUUUUGCUUCAUUUUGAUGGAGCCAGGGA